UUUAUCAUUUGGCUCUCACACUGCCUGGGGAAAGAGGAGAGGCUAUGGAGUCUCUGUGAAAGUGAACCCUACUAUUGAAAACCAGUGAGCCUGAUGCCCAGUUGUUUGCAGCUAUUUCAUACUCAAAGUCUGUAGGAUCUGGUCCAUCUAAUGAAAUUCGUGUUCCUACUGUAAUCCUAAAAUCUUGUGGAUAGAAUUAGAAAGCAGAACAAAAUGGACCCCACGUGUUUGGCAAAUGAUAUGGCAGUGAUCGUUGCCCUGGUCUCAUUUACUGAUCCUAGAUGCUCCUCACUGGUCACAAAUUGCCCACCACAGAUCUACAUACUGUACUUGAUUUCUGGUAAAUAAGAGAAUCUUCACCCUGUAUGAUUCUUGGAAGGAAACCGUGCCAGAGAAUGGAAGAAGCCAUAGCUCUGAGCACUGCCAGGAAUAGGGAGGCAGGAUUUGGAGCCCUGCCGUCACUGAGCUUUGUGUAUGAUACACAGCUUUAACAUUACAGGAAGAGGCUCUUCCAGGAAUAGACCAGCAGAAGGAGGCGGUAGUGAGGGGGGAAGGAGGAGUGUCAGCUCACUGUAUAAGAGGUGUGUAUGUGAGCUGAUGGAGUUACAGACUGAUUUGUAACUACAAGUAAGCACAAUACUGGAUGAUAGUGUACCCCUGACCGGACUAAUCAACAUAAAGCACGGGACUUUGUAUUUCCUGAUACACAUCUAAGGACACAUAUUGUGACUGGAGCUAUAUUCGUGAUCCUUAAACCACGGCUGCUGAUAAUUUAUCAGAAUACUGCAGCAGAAAGAAGCCUUGCGUACACCAGAAGCAUAUAGAUUGCACCCUAACUUUCAGCAACGCUGGCUCCCACCGUCAUGGUCACUCAGAGCAAAUUCCCGAGCAUGAGCCGGGUUCUGGACUCCAGUCUGCGACUCAAGACCUUCUCCUCUCGCAGCGAAUACAACCUGGUGCUGAGUGCUGUGCACAAACUUCAGGAGAGUGGAUUUUACUGGAGCACUGUGACAGGUACCCAAGCCAACCUGCUCCUGAGCACGGAACCAGCGGGAACCUUCCUUAUCCGGGACAGCUCUGACCACAGACACUUCUUCACCCUUAGUGUCAAAACUGAAUCUGGCACCAAGAACUUGCGCAUCCAGUGUGAGCCAUGCGGUUUCUCUUUGCAGACUGACCCACGCAGCUCACAGCCUGUGCCGCGGUUUGACUGUGUACUGAAACUUCUAAGGCAUUAUAUGCCGACCAAGGACUCUAGCAGCAACAGCAAGAGGUCUUAUUAUAUCUAUUCUGGGGGCGAGCGUGUCCCAUUGCUGCUGUCCAAGCCUCUCUCCUCUACUGUAUCUUCCCUACAGCAUCUCUGCAGGAAAGCUGUGAAUGGUCAACUAGAAGGAUAUGGGGCCAGAGAGCAGCUACCCCUACCACUUAAGGACUUUCUACAGGAAUAUGACUCCCCUGUGUAAUGAGGAAGGGUCUGCAAUGAAGAAAGCAGAAAGGCUUCUUGUAGCCAAAUCUAUCAGUAUCAAUGAGAAUGAUGUUGACUGGGAGAAGACACAGAUACACAGAGAGUGUUCCAUGCAGAACAAAGGGGGAUAUGAACAGUGCUUGUGAAGAAAAGAGGACUGUGCACAGAUAUGGUAAAUAAUCACCAAGUGCCCAGAGCUAGAGAGCAAGAUACUCAGGCAUAGACUCCAAAGAAGAAACUGUUAAUUGAAUCACAGUAUUGCUGAUAGACUGUCCCAAGCCUCCCAGUUUACACUGCAUGCCGGGUGCAAGACAAAGGAGGGGGGAAGUGGGGUGUCAGCUGCUGCUCCACAGGCUUCAGUUCUGGUUUCCCUCCCUGGCAAAAGACCAGAACUGUCCGUCUGCCGUGCACUGAAUGUCCACAACGGUUAAAUGGAAGAAAUAUUUAUUACAGUGUCACCUACGUAGCCUUAGUCUGCUGGAGGGGCAAUGGUUAAUUGCACACAUUGCAGGGCAUUACCUGUAUAUGUAAAGAGUAUACAACUAGCAAUGUGGGCAUGAAAUGUGCAGAAGUUUGAAGCCUCCAGCAGACAUAACUUUUGCACAAACUUUCAUAAAGUUAAUAUUUUAUCAUGAAAGGGCUGAUUUGAAGCUUGAUUUAUAAGGUUUGAGACCAAAGAUGGGCAAAAUGGCAAGAUGAAAGACAUCAAGUUAAUGUAAUGUUAAAUAAAUUAUGUAUGUACCUUGGCUGAUCACUACGGCCAACUGACUUUGACUGCAGAAUUCUGUUUUGCACAAGAAACUAUGGACCAGAAUAACUACCUGUCCUAGGGCAGAAUAUGUGAUCCUGACCUCAUUUAUGUUUACAUGGCUCCCCCUAAAGGUGCCAAAUAACCAGGAUGUUUGCACUUAUUUAUAUUUUACACAUGUUGAUAAAUUAUAAUAAAAAUAGCAAAUUGUUUUUUAAAGAAAA